AUGGGUUCAGCCGAGAAACCAAUUAUUCUCUACCAUUAUGAGGUCUCCCCUUAUUCAAAGCAAGUCCUGUGGUAUCUUGCUCUCAAGGGCAUCAAAUUCCAACAAUGCAUGCAACCGCGAAUAAUGCCCCGGCCUGAUCUCAGCCGUUUGGGCGUCAAAUAUAGACGCAUCCCUGUUCUCACCAUUGGCAGAGACGUCUAUCUAGAUACGCGGCACAUUAUGACAAAGCUCAGCGAAUUGGAGCCAGGAAAAGGCGCUCGCCUCUCUGUUGCCACAACUCCCGAGCAAAAGGCACUGCAACGUCUUUUCCAGGUAUUCAUGAUUGAUUCUGGCUUUGGCAGAUGCUUCGUGCAGUUGAUUUUGUAUAAGACGAGAGGUAUGAUGGAUCCGGAGUUUGUUAAAGACCGCACCGAGUUCAUGAGCGGCGCGGGGUUUUUCCCGCCUGAAGCUUUGGAGGCGAUGAGGCCAGAUACCAUACGAAGGGUAAAAGAUGGAUUUGAGUUUUUAGAACAAACAUUAUUAUCUGAUGGGAGGGAUUGGCUGCUUGGGACGGCAGGGCCGACUGUUGGUGAUAUUGAAAUGGCUUGGCCGCUGCUGUGGAUGGAGAAAGUGCCUGGAGCGAGACCAGAAGAGUGGAUUUCGGAAGCUAAAUUUCCCAAAGUGUUCGCCUGGAUGGAAAGAUUUAAGAGCACUGCGCAAAAGGCAGUAGACGAAUUGGGGGAACUGAGGACAUUGACCGGAGAAGAAGCCGCAAAGUUGAUACUGGGCUCGGACUAUCAUGAAUCGGUUGGACAGAUUGAUGAGACGGAUGUGGUGGUUCAACACCAGAAACUGAAGAAGGGGCAGCUUGUGAAGAUGUGGCCGACAGAUACUGGAUCGAAUCAUAAAGAUGUGGGGGAGCUGGUGAGUGUUAGUGAUAAGGAGGUGGUUAUUGAGGCAAAGGCAGAGGAUGGCGGGUUGGUGAGGAUUCAUGCUCAGAGACAUGGGUUUGCUGUUGCGCCUUAUGAGAAGUAA